AUGGAUAUCAUCAAAUUGUGCGCCGACGCCAAAGUUUGUGUCGACAUUGCGAUCAAUUGCGACAACGCCGCGAAGGCCGUAGAGGAAUUGACAGAAGGAAGAGAGAUGGACAAGAGCCAUUCAUACCACUGCUUCAACGUCAUGCGGCAACCUGAUGCCGUAGACUUGGUUGAUUGGAGCCUUUUGAACGAUGUGAAUGCGGAUAACGACAUUGUCGGCAACGUGCAGGAAUGCGGUAGACCUUGCCCUAAUUACGUUGCUCGUGCUACCUCUCAUGUUCGAUUCGAAGUGAUGAUGGCGAACAACAACCAAGUCGUCGUUACAUAUUGGCUCGACUCCAGAGGCUUCGAGUUCGUCUUCUCCCCCACUCUCAUGCUUUGCCGUUAUUGUCAUUGGCACCGCUAA